AUGACGGCUGGCGACUCGCCAUACACGGUGUCGUCGCCACCACCCCAAGUGUCGACGACUGUGCGCCAAGAUGGCAAGCUUGUCGACCAUGACACUGCCGAAGUGACUGCCAUCCCAGACACCCUCAAUCCCUCGAGCAAAGGUCGCCUCUCGACGUCGUUUGGCGAUUCGAUAAGUCGUCCGACAUCGGCAGCAAGCAUGAGGGUGCGGAUCGACAAGCCGUCUCUAGAGGCAAUCAGCGGUCGCAGCCUUUACACGCAUGUGCCGACGGGUUUUGAAGGUAAUGCAAGUCCGCAAUCGAUCAGCUCCCUCUUCGCCCAUCGGGGUGGCGCACCUCCAUAUGGAAACCCCACGCUCUACUCGACGCUCCGAUUGACCUUGGCUCAGCUCCUUGCAAAUUGUCUCUCGUCCGUUUUUCUCAUCCUUGUUGUCAUCUGGGCCCUAUCGGUGCGACUACUGGCGGCUGUGCCGAAGCUCCUUAGCCCCUCGAUCGAGGAGAAGAGCGAGUGGGACGAUCCGGGGCGGUGGAAGAAAGAGAAGCUGGUCAAAGACGUUCGAUACUAUGCUAGGAGCUGUGGCUUCGAUAUCGUCAACGAGACGUGUGAGACGGCUGACGGCUACUUUCUGAGGAUCAAUCGGAUCAUCUGCCCGGAAAGGCAACACGAACGGCGUAGCGAUGGCAGAGGUGGCUACCCCGUCUUGAUCAUGCACGGUCUCUUUCAGUCGUCGGGGUCCUUCGUCACGUCAGAAGAUCGGUCACUUGCAUUUUGGCUCGCUCGCCAAGGAGGAUACCAGGUCUUUCUGGGUAAUAAUCGCGGAGUCUUUGACAUGGGUCAUCGCAAGUACAAACGAUCUGAUCCUCGCUUCUGGGACUACAACAUCCGAGAGCUGGCCAUCUACGAUCUUCCAGCGCUGGUGGACCAUGUCUGCAAGCAGACGGGAUAUGACAAGAUUGCCUUCAUUGGUCACUCACAAGGAAACGGCACAGCGUUUAUCUCUCUCAGUAGGGACAUGGUGCCCGAACUGGGCGAAAAAUUGAGCUACUUCGGCGCUCUCGCCCCCGCCGUCUUUGCUGGUCCACUGACGAGCUGCUUUCCUUUCACCUCGCUCAGAACGAUGGAUUGGCCGACGUGGAAGCGCUUCUUUGGCGUCCUCGACUUCAUCCCACUCAUGAAGACCUCCUACGACUGGACGCCCGCUUAUCCGUACGCUCUCUUGGGCUAUCAGAUGUUUGCGUUUCUCUUCGCCUGGACGGAUGCCAACUGGCUGCUCCGACGCAAGGCAAAGAUGUUUCGCUUCACACCUCAGCCUGUCUCGUCAGCCUCUAUCUACUGGUGGGCGGGCAAAGACGGCUUUGCCUCGCGAGGCUGCACCAUGGAUCCUGCCGCAGACAAGUGGUGGGACAAACGCUUUCCUCCUCUAGCCAUCUACUCGGGCGGCAUGGACUUUCUGGUGCUGACAGACCCCCUGAUUGAGAGGAUCAAGACACGCGAGACCGACGUCAGGCUCAUCCGUGAAAAGAGACAAGAAGAAGCCGAGCAUUGCGACCACUUCUGGGCAGCAGAUGCAGUAGAGUGGUGCUUCCUAGACAUCCUAGAGGAUAUCGAGUCAACGCGACCUCGAUACCCAGAGGAACAAGAUGCAAUCGCAGCGACAUCCAGCGCCCAAGGCGUUUCUGACAAGCUCAUAGAUGAUUCGUAG